CCACCAUGGAAGACCUGGAGGACAACACUGCCGUCUUUUCUACCCUGAGGUCUUUGAAUAACUUCCUGUCGCAGCGUGCAGAGGCGGUAUCUGGCCUGGAUGUCUCCUCCUUCAGUCAAGGUUCUUUACAAAUGCAGUACCAGCAGAGGGUUCAGAUGGAGGAACAAGCUGAGCAGAUCCGAUCCAAGUCUCACCUCCUCCAGGUGGAACGGGAAAAGAUGCAGAUGGAGCUGAGCCACAAAAGAGCUCGGAUCGAACUGGAGAAAGCAGCGAAUACCAACGCCAGGAAUUACGAGCGAGAGGCUGACCGUAACCAGGAGCUUCUCACCCGCAUGAAACAGUGCCAGGAGAGGGAGGCGGAAGCCGAGAAUAAGUGGAAGGAAGAGAUGGAGAACCACAAAAUCUCUAAGCGGAAUCUGGAGUUGCUGGGUAAAAAGUUGCAGGAGAAGGAGAACAAGUUGUCUGAAGCCAAUGAGACCAUCAAUGUGUUAAAGGGGAAAAUCUCCGAACUUCAGUGGAACGUGAUGAACCAGGAAAUGCAAGUGAAGAAUCAGGAAUCGCAGAAGCAGGAGCUAAUGGAACAGGUGGAUGUGCAGCGCAGAAAAUUGCAGGAGGUCAAUCAGAGAGUCCAGGAGCUACAAGCCAACCAGAGUGUGAUAUCCGACCUGGAGCAAAAGAUCAAGGAGGUGGAACAUACCCUCUCUCUGCAGGAGCAAGAUGCAGCCAUUGUGAAGAACAUGAAGUCGGAAUUGGAACAGUUCCCAAAGAUGGAACGGGAGUUGAAGCAGCUCAGGGAGGAAAAUGCCUAUCUUAGAGAAAUGAAGGAGAACAAUGGCCUGCUUAAAGAAGAAGUGGAGGGUCUUCAGCGCAAACUGGAACGUUAUGAGAAGAUCCAGGAAGAUCUGGUGGCCUUGGAACUGGAGAAGGAGAAACUGCUGGGAAAGCUGAAAAGCUGGGAGAAAUUGGACCAGAGCACUGGCUUAAACAUCAGGACUCCCGACGAUCUCUCGAGGUACAUUGUCACACUGCAGCAGAGGGAACUGGUGUUGAAAGACAAGAACAAUACCAUCGGAAACAGUGCUCGAGUAUUAGAAAAGGCUCGGCAGCAGCUCCAGGAGGAAAUGCUCCAGAUCCAGAGUCAGCUGCUGGAGGAGAAGAAGAAGCGGGACUAUAACGAGGCCAUGGUCCGACGCCUGCAGAAGCGAAACCUCCUACUCACUAAGGAACGCGAUGGGAUGAGAGCCAUCCUGGAGUCAUACGACAGUGAGCUGACCCCAGCUGAGCACUCUCCCCAGCUGAAUCGUCGCAUGCUGGAGGCUGAGGAUAUGGUACAGAAGGUGCAUGCUGCCAACACAGAAAUGGAGGUCCAGCUCUCCCAAGCCCUGCAAGAAGUGGGGAAUCAGAAACAAAGGGCCGAUGUGCUGGAGGUGGAAUUGAAGAUCCUAAAGUCUCAGAUGAACACCACCAGCCAGAGUGUCUUCGUUUCCAGCGAAGAGGUGAAUGGUCUCAGAUUGAAGAUUGAGGAGCUGGAGGCCGAACGUGCACGCCUGGAAGAAGGGAAUAAUAUGCUCCAGAUGAAACUUGAAAAACUGAAUCUUCAGGGGGACUAUGACCAGAGCAAAAUCAAAGUGCUGCACUUCAGUAUGAACCCAACCAGCCUGGCCAAGCAGCGUCUCAAAACGGAGCAGGUCCAGCUACAAGAGGAGUGUGAGAGGCUGAGGGAGCUGGUCCGGAUCCUGGAGGGGGGAGGCUCCAUUCCGACCAAUCUGGAGGGAGCCGGAAGCCUCCAGUCCCCACAGGAGAUUGCAGAGUUGAAGAAGCAGGUGGAGAGUGCGGAACUGAAGAAUCAGCGACUGAAGGAGGUCUUCCAGACAAAGAUCCAGGAAUUCCGGAAAGUAUGCUACACCCUGACGGGCUACCAGAUUGACAUCACAACCGAGAACCAGUACCGACUCACCUCGAUGUACGCAGAGCACAAAUCGGACUGCCUGAUCUUUAAAUCUUCAGGCUCUUCAGGAGCGAAUAUGCAACUACUGGAAACGGAGUUCUCCCGCACAGUCCACGAACUUAUCAAUCUCCACCUGCUCCACCAGGACAGCAUCCCGGCUUUUCUCAGUUCCGUAACCCUUGACCUCUUCAGCCGCCAGACAGUCGCCUGACCCAGCUCCUGCAUCCAGAUCCCCACAGCCUCGGGGUUCUACAGAAUCCGAAGGCAUGGGGACCGUUGGGUUAUGCCCCUGGUGCCACUUCCUGCUGCUCUGGAUUCUCCCUUGUGCCUCCUGCCUCCUCCCUUCCUUAAGGGAAUAUUUUUCGGAAGGUUUGUUGUCAAUAGGAUCUGUUGCUUCCUCUUUCUCAGACUAUGCCAAGCCCCCUAACUGGACUUCCCUAGAAAGUGUGGCCUUCAUAUAGGUUCCUUUUGAUUUUCUUCCCUUCACUCCCCUGGCCCAUUUUUAAGUUCAUAUCUUCUCCUCGAUCCGAGACCUCCCUUCCCCCUAGUUGUGCUGGUGAGGUGCUUCUGGCUGUUGGAUCUCAGACCUUUUCCUGUCUCUUCCUCACUGCUUUCUGGUCCCAUUCCCUCUUUCCUGGCCCUCUGAGGGAGUCCUCAGGCUAUUUGAUGGCCUCCAAGAUCCCAUUCCUUGGGCUCAGCUUCCCCUGGGGAAGAGAAGGGUCCAGGCAGCAGGUAGUUCCGUGCACAUACUGGCCUUCAGCUAUUUGCUCUGCCUAAUAAGGAUGAAGAGUUGCACUGAGAAGCAGCCUUUUUAGCCUUUUAGCCUCUGGUACCUAUUUUAAUAAUGAAUUAUAUCCUCAGACUCAGCAAGCCUGGGCUUUAAAGAAAAAUGAAUUGUUGUAAUCUCCAAAUAUGGAAAUAUGUCUGUCCUACAGGUAGAGUUCAGACCCCCAGAGAACUGAUUUCCCCAUCCUUCGGUCUUCCCACCCUGCUAUCUGAAGGAGCUACCCUCAGGAGGGAUGAGGCAUAGGAGUGCUUAGAGGCAGAUUUUCCCUCAAGCCACCUUGUGAUCUUGGUCCUUCAAAGCAGUGUUAUGCCCUGUAGCCUCCUCUCCCACACUUGGCAACUCCUUCUCCCAAAGCUGCCCUUGCUUUGACCUUCGAUCAGCUGGGGAACUUGGACAUUUCCUACCCUGCAGUGAUGCUUUCAUUUCUCAUUACAUAAUAAAGUUUUCCCCAUUCAGA